AUGGAGAUCAUGGAUCCCUUCGCCUACGAGCUUCUUGCUCGCCCUCCGCCCCCCGGCUUCGAUCCGUUCUCCUGCGGCGGCUCCAUGAACACGGAGAUCACAACCGAACAGCUGGACAACUACUUCCGCGCCAUCGGCGUUCUCCCUCCGCUUCCACCCGCCGAUGUCCCUCCCACCCCAAGCUACACCACCCCAGCUGCCACCCUAUGGGGUGCCAUGGACUAUGCCAUGGAGCCCCUGGUGACGUGCGAGUUGUACGCCGCCGCCCUCGACGUCCACGUUCAUCCUGGCGCCGUCGAGGCGCCCGAGGUGUCACUCUCGCGGCCCGCCCCUCCGGUCUCCCACGACGGAGCCGCUGCGAUCAAGAACUCCUACGACGCCGACAUCGACGCCAGCCUCCGGGUCAUGGAGAAGGACGCCAGGGAGCGGCCCUCGCCGGACUACCUGAACACGACGCAAGGGAGCCGGAUGGACCCGGUGGCGCAUCUCGGCCCCGCCACGCUCCACCGCGCCGUCUCCUACGCCGACCGGUUCCUCUCCGCGCGGCUUCUCGCGGACGAUGCCAGCUACGAGCGUCAGCUCCGCCUGCUGGGCUCUUCAACCGUCUACGCCGCUGUCAAGUACGAGGACCGGGGCGACGCGCGGAAGCUGAAUGCCAGGGACGUCGCCUCGGACUGCGGGUUCGCGUCGAGCCAGGAGGUGCUGGACACGGAGCGCGCCCUGGUCGCGGCGCUCCGGUACGGCUCAGCGGCCCCACGGAGCACACCUCCUGCCGUCGGCCGUGGCAGCGGCGGCGAUCUUGCUGGCGAGGCUGGCCUGAAGCCGUCGCACGACUCCGAGCAGGUGCAGCGGUGGAGCAGGGAGCUCGAUGAACUGACGGGGUACAAGCCCGUGGAUGUGCACGACGGCGUGCACUGCAUGUACCGGCUGAUGCCUGAUCCUGGCUUCGACAUCUCUCCGCUGUUCUUCGCGGAUUCCAGAUAG